AUGUGUGGGAUUCUGCCAAGCCACCAAACCCCCUUCGCCCCCGCCAGUUCAUUCUACAACAAUAGCUUCUCGGGGCCCAUUCCACCCGCCAUCUCACGCCUGCACCACCUUGCAUUUCUGUCAGCCCCCCUCACCUUUCUCUCCCUCUCUCCCUCACUCCCUUGCCUCACUCCUUGGUUCCUUCACCACCUCCGUCGCUCGCUUCUCACUUCCUUACCCGCCUCCUUCUCGCUCGCACUUACUCGCUCUUGCUCGUGUCAGCCAUUGUUUUCCCUAUGCCACUACACUCCCUCCCAUGCCCACUCCUUCCCUUCCAUGAUCAUCCUUUCCCUCCCAUGCACAUCCCCUCCCUCCCAUGCCCAUCCCUUUCCUCCCAUGCCCAUCUCUUCCUUCCCAUGUUCAUCCGCUCCCUCCCAUGCCGAUCCCCUCCCACCCAUGUCACUCCCCUCCCUCCCAUGCCCAUCCCUUCCAUCCCAUGACCAUCCCCUCCCUUUCAUGCCCAUCCCCUCCCCCCCUUCCACGCCCAUCCUCUCCCUCCCAUGCCCCUCCCCUCCCUCUUAUGUAAUCCCCGCUCUUCCUUCCCUUCCCGCCCUACAUGCUCCCAGCGAAAUGGAUGCCAACCCCUUGCAUGUGCCACUGCCACAAGAAAUCAGCCAUCUCACCGCCCUCUGCUUCCUCUACGCGCCAUCCAACGCCAUCACAGGAAGCAUCCCCUCCACCAUUGCUGCCCUUUCCCGCCUCGAGUUCUUUGCACCUUUGGGACUUGCUAACUAUAUCUUUCUUGCGUCUGAGCGUUUUCAAGAGUGGGCAAGGAAAGGUGCUGCGCUUGAGGGUUCUUCUUGUACCCUCUUCCCUUGCUUGCUGUUUCUCUUUGUAUCCUCUUCUUGUACCCUCUUCCCUCUGCUGCUCCUGUCUUACGCUGGGGAUGUGCACGGGAAGAAGGCCGCACGGGGAAAAUACUCCUCUUUGGCGGUGUCCGUCCCACUCCCCACACGCACAUGCAUGGCAGGGAGCUGA